AUGACAAUAUCUACUUUCGAUCACGUGUAGGGGCGACUUAGACGGAUAGCGCGUCAUCUCGCCUUCCCAAAUUUCCUUCUGCUGUUCGAAACCAAAACAUCUAUCAAUAGUGUCGGGAACGGGAGAACGAUGUUUAACUCGGUGAAUCUGGGCAACUUCUGCUCACAGACGCGCAAAGACAGGACUUCAGAGUUUGCGGACAGAGCAGGCUGUGCCUCGAACCUCUACCUCCCAAGCUGCACUUAUUACGUCCCCGAAUUUUCAGCAGUCUCUUCGUUCCUUCCACAGGCCUCGUCUCGGCAAAUCACCUAUCCUUAUUCCACAAAUCUGUCUCAAGUGCAGCCGGUCCGGGAGGUUUCCUACGGCUUGGACCCGUCCAGUAAAUGGCACCACAGAAACAAUUACGCGUCCUGCUACUCAGGAGAGGACCUUGUGCAUAGAGACUGCCUUCCGCCAUCCACCAUGACAGAAAUGCUCAUGAAAAACGACAGUGUCUACAGCCAUCAUCACCACCACCAUCACCCCAGCUCCAACCAUGCGUCUACGGGCUUUUACUCGGGCGUGGGGAAAAACAAUGUCCUUCCACAAGGAUUCGAUCGCUUUUUCGAGAGCGCACAUAGCGGCGCAGAUGGCCAGCUAGAGACCUGUUUACAAAAGAGCGACUCGGGCAAGUUAGAAUCCGAGUCCCAGCAACCGAGCGCGCUCCCCGGCACAGCAGACCCGGAAAAGGACCCAGAAGAUGAGGAAGAAAACAUCAAUUCGGGCUCGUGUGCCUCUUCCUCGGGCGCUAAGGACGACAACACCAGCAAGAACAGCCACUCGAGUAUCCCGCGCACAAGGAAGAAGAGAUGUCCAUACUCCAAGUUUCAGAUCCGGGAGCUUGAGCGGGAAUUCUUCUUUAAUGUGUAUAUCAACAAAGAAAAACGGAUGCAGCUUUCCAGAAUGCUUAACCUGACCGACCGACAGGUCAAAAUCUGGUUCCAGAACCGGAGAAUGAAAGAAAAGAAAUUAAGCCGAGAUCGUUUGCAGUAUUUCUCCGGCAACCCCUUAUUGUGAACACGAAGCACUUAGAUAUGCUGCAAAAUAAUCAUCAGUAUUGAAAUUGAUAUCAGAAGAGACUUCAGCAAAAAAGUGUUAGGUCCUGUUAUGGAACGAUCGGUCCGAUCAUCGAUUUUUCAGUUAAUUUUUGUGAUCAUAUCAAUUGUGCCCACUAUCAAAACCAGCAAAGGAUGACAGACUUUGAAUAUACCUUUUGAAUAUUAUACGAAAGGUUAAUAUGGAUGCAUUUUACAGUCUAGAUAGGUUUUUUUCAAUUAUUCGAUUUGUUUGUGAAUAUGUGAAAUAUACAGUUAGCCUUGCUAUGUGCGAUUCUAAUAAUGUUACCGACCUCUGUAAUGUUUAUUGUUCCGUUUUGUCGCGCGUUUUGCAAUCAUUGUUUGUUAAUACUGAAAUGUUCCCUUAUCACAGUUCUCAGGCACUAUAUUUUAUGAUCGUUUUUCCAGUUCUGUUGUGUUAUUUUCUUAUUUUCUGCAUGACAUAAAUAUGAAUUUAACUGAAG